AUCGCCCUGACUAACUGCAGUAGGUCCUUACGCCGGUGAGAAACCUGGUACCCAUUGGCCAAGCCCACCCCUAAUCUCCGCUACGUACGUCUUUAAUGGGUUAUGCCGAACGGCACUCCUGACGAUGCCCUUUUGCAAUCUCAGGAAACACGCACAUGGGCAGGUUCUCCACCAUGAAGAAUGUGCCUCCUUGACUUGCCAAGUGCGUCAUGACUCGGCCCGAAUAGAGUCUCCAGUAACGGUCCUUUCUCCAGCCGACGGCUCCUGAAUCAUGUAUCCACCUUCUGGCUCAAUAGACCGUCCUUUUUAAUCCUUCGGUUCCCCAAUCGGAACUGCAGUUUUGUCAACUGAGCAGAGCUCUUCCUGUCACCAUGCGCGUCGGUUCUACUUUCUUGCCCCUGGCGGGCUCGCUCUUGGUCGAGGCCUCUUCGGUGUCCGCUGGUUGCAGCGCCCUCAAGGGCCAGGUCAACAGUGCCGUCUUCUCUCAGAACACCCCGGUUUACGAGUAUGAAGCGCAGAAUUUCUGGUCCAACACGGAAAUCAUGAGCCCUGGGUGUGUUUUCCGCCCUCAGUCGAGCGCUCAAUUGGCCCAGGGAGUGAAGGCAUUAGUCGAUGCCAACGCGCAGUUCGCCGUGCGCGGCGGCGGUCACAUGGGUAUCCGGGGAUCCAACAAUAUUGACGAUGGGGUGCUCAUUGUUAUGUCUAACCUGACUACUCUGGAAUUGUCCGAGGAUCAGUCGAUCGUGUCGGUCGGGCCCUCUCAUAGAUGGGAGGAUGUCUAUGCCUAUCUCGCCGAUUACGGCCUCGCCGCGGCGGGUGGCCGUCUGGGCCCCGUCGGUGUCCCCGGAUUGCUUUUGGCCGGAGGUGUCAACUUCUAUGGUAACCAGGUUGGCUGGUCCUGCAACACAGUCGUCAACUAUGAAAUCGUCCUGGCCGACGGUUCCGUGGUGGAAGCAAACAAGACGCACUACUCCGAUCUGUUCUGGGCCCUGAAGGGAGGCAGCAGCAACUUCGGUCUUGUCACUCGGUUCGAUUUGGAGACUAUCAAGUCGCCCAAGGUCUGGGCCGGUACCCACACCGUGUCCUCGGAAUACGUAGACCAAUUCCUAGAGGCUGCGGCUACCUAUGCCUCCAACAUUUCGGACCCCAAGACGCACAUUGUGCCGGCGCUGGUUCCGGGCGACGAACUCCUGGCUUCGGUCAUCCUGUUCUACGACAGUGAGGAUACCAGCUAUCCGGAGAUCUUCAAGCCCUUCACCGAUAUUCCCGCCAUCAGCAGCACCCUGGACUUCAAGACUGUGUCGGAGUUCGCUGCCGAGACUGGAGCCAUGGUCGUCCCUCACAUCAACGAUGUGUUUGUGGCUGGUACUGUUGUCGGUACCACCUACGCCGAGCUGCUCCAGGGGAUCACCAUCAUCAACACCACUUUCUUCGAGCACUUGCCCAAACUUUACGCUCAGAUCCCCGCUGCCAACAUCUCCACCAUCCAGCUGGACUGGCAACCCAUCGGCGCCGACUGGAUGAAGGCCUCGGAGGACAAGGGUGGCAAUGCCCUCGGAUUGGACUCUUCCAAGAUCUACCUCUGCUAUGCCGAGGUCGUCGAAUGGAUCGGCUCCAGCUACGACGACAUCGUCGCCCAGUGGGUGGAGGAAACUACCUAUGCCAUCAACAACGCCACCCAGAAGGCCGGCCUGUAUGACGCGUUCAACUACAUGGGCGAUGCUGCCGGAUUCCAGUCCAUCUUCCCCGGAUACGGCGAGGAGAACGUCGCGAAGCUGCAGACGAUUGCCAAGAAAUACGACCCCAACCAGGUCUUCCAGACUCUGAUGCCGGGCGGCUUCAAGGUGUACUAA